CAAUGCCUUAAAGUUUGUAAAUAAAUUAUCUUCAAUAAAAAUAAAAAGUAAAAAAAUAAAAAUAAAAAGUUGAAGGAAACAAAACAGGAAGAAGAAUCCUCUUCCGGCGAGGGGAUGCGCGCGCAGCCACGCAGCCAGCAGCGCUGUGUGUCUUCAUCAUGUGUUCAUGGUCGCAUUGCUGCUAAAGAGACAUAUUACAACAUUAUAUGGUAACAGACUAGGUUAACAUACUGUUUUUUUUUCUUUCUUUUUCACCCCGGCUCUGCGCUGAUUGACUACUGAUAAGAAACAAACAAGUUAAAACAAACUGUGGCUGUUAAAGCUGACUAGCUCGAGCUAGCUGGAGGAAGCUAGCAACCUAGCAGCACACAGAGAAAGACUACAAGAUGGACGGAGCUGCUGCGAUCAGAGAGGACGAGGCUGAAAACAGACCUCAGGAUGGAGACACAGCAUCCGAAGACAACGUCGGUCCAUCGGCUGAGGACACCGCUGAGAGGGUUGGGGUUUUCUGCUGUCGGGAUUGUGGAGAAGCCUUCAGGGAGGAGGCAGCAUACUUGGAGCAUCGCCAUCAGCACCCGCAAGAAAGCGUGUAUUUAGACAACCAGUUGGAUGGUUUACACGAUGCAGAAAAGGACAAUGAAACAGCUAAUUUCUGUACUUUGUGUUCACUAUCAUUUAGUGAACCAAGUGAAUUCCAAUCGCAUAUGGAGAAGAGCCAUGGUCAAACCUCCCAAAAGGAGUCUAGUAUUCAAAUCAAUUCUGGGACAACAAAGCAACACUCCUAUGAAUGUGCAGACUGUGGGAAAUGUUACCUUGUCAUCGGACACUUUCUCAACCAUCAGCGCUCACACAGACAAGCCUCCAAAUCCCUUUUUACUGACCUUGAACAUUUGAAAAAGAAGGCAUUUCAGUGCGAGUCUUGUGGGCGGAAUUAUUCUCGCGCUUCAGCUCUCGAUGCACACCGUCGCUGUCACGAGGAAAAGUUAGUAAAGUCACGAAACAGGAGUUCAGGAGAUGCGUCUCACACGGAGGAGUCAAUAGCCGGAGCCAAGCCCGGUGAAAACCAGACGAAUGUUACUCCUGAAAAAACUUUUACGUGUUCAUGUGGUAAAGCUUUUACUGCUCUAAUGCGCCUUAAAACGCAUCAGCGAUUUAGCCGCAAAAGUCAGUGCUCUCCAGAAGAAAUGAAAGAAAAACCAAAGAAAAGCUCCAAUGAGUUUUACUGUACUGAGUGCAAAAAGGCGUUCAAUGGCCAUAUCGCCCUCUUCAACCAUCAGCGGUGGCACGCUAAUCACUCGGACGACUCUGCGAAAAGGUUCCCAUGUGAGGAAUGUGGAAAAGUAUUUAUGUCUCUAACGUUCUACUACAAGCAUCAGCGCACGGCGCACAGCGAUGAGACCCCGGCAAAGUCGUUUCUUCACCAAGUGUGUCAGCUACAGAAGAAGGCAUUUGAAUGUAAAGAUUGUGGGCUAAAGUUUUCCAGGGCUUCAGCACUUCACUCCCAUGAGCUUCAUCACACGGAUGUUUUCAAAGAAACGGAGAAGGAGGCUCCGACGCAUACCUCCCCGAUACCUCAACAGACAACUUUGGAAAGCGAGAGCAAAGAGACUGAGCAGGAAUCUGAGAAUGUUCUUCCUACCAGUAUGGCUGAAGAAGACUCGCAUGUAAAUGAAACUGAUGAGGAAGACGUGGAAGGUUAUGACCCUGGGGACUUUAAUGUGCAGGUGAUCAGUGCAAGUGAAUCUGAGGACGAGCCUGUCCAAGACCUGAACCCUGAUCUUGAGCUGCUGUGUGAAUCAGAUCAGGAAGUAAGAGACGACGGCAACGCUGGAGUUUCCCUCAGUAGUCUUGUUACAAAACCAGAGAUGGAUUUGAAAAUUGUAGAAAUUGACUUUGAGCAAACCGACGAGCAGUGUGCCCUGAUAGCGAGCGGAGUCGGGAAUAAAACGACAGGGGAAAGAUUUGAAUGUCCAGAGUGUUACCGUUGGUUUACUAGCGCUUCAUCGCUGCGUGUUCACAGAAUGUGGCACGGCGUUCGUAAGAGAAAACAGCAGACUCAAGGUCAGUCAAUGGCAGUUCACACAUGCGACACAUGUGGCCACGAGGCCAGUAGCUACGCAGCACACUGCAGUCACGUUCAAAUACACAAGAAUCAAAACACAGGCAAUGAUGGUGAUGAUGAUGAGGGAUUAGAGAAGAAAAACCUGGCAUGCAAUGAGUGUGGUAAAUGCUUCUCACAUUUGUCUGCUUUACUUUCUCAUCAGCUGCAUCAUCCCAAAAAAAAACUAUUUCAAUGCCCAGAUUGCAUGAUGUCUUACUCGCAUGCUGCUAGCCUGUUUAACCAUAUGAGAAACUGCUCCGCGCAAAAAAAGGAGAAUAUUUCAGACGCUAAGAAAGAAUACAAUCCAAAGAAAACCCUUCUAGGCCCAAAGAUUUAUCAUUGUGAGCAGUGCGGGAAGGGUUUUUGGUCUCUGGGAGCUUACUCCCACCACAAGCAAAGUCAGACUCAGUGUACAGAUUUGAGGCUGAAAAAAGGUGUCACAGGAUCUUUGCACUCUGUUAACGGACACCCACGCUUCAAGGUUGCGUGUCCGGUGUGCGGUAGAAAGUUCCGUCACAAGGGCACCAUGGCGUUACACAUGCGAAAACAUGAAAAUGGGAAUCACAAAUGUGAACUAUGCAGCAGGUCAUUUCGUCUUUUCUCCAGCCUGCUCAGACACCAGGUUGUGCAUAACGACCAGUUACUCCCGCCACCCAUAAAGUCUUUUCAGCAUCAGGUUGAGCAGUUGAAAAAGAACACGUACAGCUGUCCUGACUGCGGGAAGCUGUUCUCAAGGGCCAAAGCGCUUCAGUUUCACCUGAAAAGCCACGGGUACGAGACCGGGCACUCGCCGUCAUCGCCGAGAUCUUCCGUCACGCUAGAGGAUCUGCAGUGUGCGACAUGCCUUGCACAUUUCAACAACAAGUCCUCUUUGAGGGCUCAUCAAAAACUUUGCAUUAAAAGAGACAGUCAAGUUGAUUGUAAGACAGAAGAACCCUCAGAAAACUACGAUACUCACAAGGAUAGCAUGGAUGUCAAACAGGAAAGCUCUGAGCAAACAACAGCACAUACUGAAGUAAAGAAUGAAACGGACAGUGGGGAGCUAAAGAUGGAAAUUCAAACAGAUAAAGGCAACUUGGAAAACCCGAGUACAACUAGUUUGAAAUACAAAUGCAAAAAGUGUGACAGAAGCUUUUCGGUGGUCGGAGCUUUGAAUUUUCAUAAAAGAAUUCACGCUGAGGGUAACAAAUCUGUAGCGAAAGCAAAACUGGCCAUGUCUGUAAUGCUUAAUAAAAAACCUAAACAGGAAGAGCCAAGUAAAGGGCCAUUUCACUGCUCAGAGUGUGGGAGGCGAUUCAUGUCCAACUCGGCCCUCGGCUCCCACAAAAGAUGGCACAGAGAAAAGAAACUUUCACGGGCCUUGUUAAAAGACGAUGAUUUGAAAUCUGGGUCUGAGGAUGGACCCUUUCAGUGCAACAAAUGCGGCAAACAGUUUUUUAACCAUCGUGUUCUCCAGCGCCACCAGAUGUUUAAUCGUCAGUGUCAGACCAAAACUGAGACAAACAAAAGUGUCAAGUUUUCAUGUCCAGAAUGCAGCGAAACAUUCAAGCAACGUUCACUCCUAGCUGCCCACUAUGAACAUGAGCAUAACAACACUUUGGAAGCUGCAGAUCAUCACUUGGUUGACCAAGUCCCAGAACAGGUUGAUGUCAACUUGAAUGGGAGUGAGUCCAUGUCAUCAACACUGAAGCCAAAAGCUCACCAGUGUCCCCUCUGCUCUAUGACUUUCACUAAAGUAAGAGGUCUGCGUGCCCACAAAUGGCAGGCCCACUCGAAGAGGACAAGAGGUAAAAAUAAGGUUCCUUUGAGGAUAAAAACAGAGUCCGUCGCCUCAAGAAGUGAAGUCAAACGGACAGAAGACAACACUACAGUGACAGUGAAAAAUAGCCCUGUUGGCAGAGGAAAGAAGAAAAUUCGAUCAAACCCCCCACUUGUGAAAUCUGUCACAUGCCUCGACUGUGGGAAGCAGUGCAGUUCUCUAGGCGCCCUGCUUGACCAUAAGAAAGUGUGCCUGGAGAUGAAGCACGAGUCUAAACUGGAGAUCCAAACUCCUGAAACCACGGCGAGUGACGGCUCCCCGCUUCUUAGCCGCCUGUCGGAGCACACGGCCAAAUGCCUCUUCAAGUGUGAUAAGUGUGGGAAAGCUUUCCAGACGGAGGAACAACUGGGAGCCCAUAAGACCAAGGCGAAGAGCCGGCCUUAUUGUUGCGCCCUGUGCUGCCACGGCUUCUGGACCGAGAAUCAGCUGCAGCAACACCUCGCCUGGCACGACGAGGUCCGCUGUCGCCUCCCAAACGAGGUUCGCUUCAGGCUCAGCGCUGCUAUGAUCUCAAAGCCUUUAAAACCCAACACCCCUUUUUCUGACACCAGAGGGACGUCCUGUCCAUCCUCGACACUGGACAGCCAGUCGCAAAGUAGCCAUAAGUGCCAACAUUGUGGCAAAGCCUUUCUCUCACCAACUGCGUUACAGAAACACGAAACUCAGCACUGCAACAACGACUCGUAUCAUUGCUCCAUUUGCCCCAGGACCUUCAGUGAAAUACAGGACCUCAUCGAUCAUCACCAGGAAUGUAUCGGUGAUUACAAAAGGCAGAGUGAUGAUGCCCCUGCUGCUGUCUCCUCAGGAGAUACCAAUGGCCUUACUUGCCUUGAAUGUGGAACUACUUUUUGUCAAGAAACCGAUUUGCACCAGCACUAUAUGGAACAUGCCCGCAGAGCGUGUAAAACCUGAAAAGGACUGAAGUGAAGACACUGUAGAUUGUGGAUUUUUGUUUCUUUUGGAGGUUGCCAAACUACUUAAAUAUGUUAAGCUACAAAAUGCAUUGUUAGAUAUUUGUUUUGGCGAAGUAGAAACAUGCUUUCCGUAGUUGUUUAUAUAUUAUUUGAGAUUCUUUAUAUGUAAAAAAAAAAAAAAAAAACACAAAAAACAGUUCCUUAGGUUAUUUUCCUAUUCUCAGGCUUUCCUUUACACUGGAUUAGUAUAUGUACAAAUGUUUAAGAAUAACUCCUUUUAUAAAGUUAUGUUGAGAUGUUACAGUGAUAGUUUUGAGCCACCAUUUAAUUUGUCCCUGUUUUAUUUGAAUAGACCUGUCAUGAGUUGAACCUCUUUGGGGAUUACUGGCUGAAGUAGUUCAUAUCUAGAUAGAUAAAAAAAAAAAUGAAUCGGAAACAUUUAUGCAUGUACAUGUUUUUCCUCCAAAUUAACAGUAUAGCUGACACACUACUUAUUUCAAAGUUUAUGAAAACAUUGAAAUAAUUCUGCACAACUAACAUAUACUGAUAUUGCUUGUGUCAUUUUGAAUAUCAGAGGUUUGGCAGAGAUAUGUGAAAUUCAACAAUGUGCACUGCUUAUGUGAAUUGGUUAAAAAAAUGUUUAACAUACCACAAACACUACCAUGAACAAAUUUAACAAUCAAAGAAUUGCAUUAAUUGAUGUAUAAGCUCCCAUGUUCUUCCCUUUUUCAGUGUUAUAUUUCUAUGUUGUGGAAAGACUUUUCAUUACUAAAGUAGCGCUUUUGUUCAUGUAGGAUAGUUGUUAGUUUACUGUAUCCCUUAUGAAGUGGAAAAAGUAUUUGUAUUGUACAAGAGAUGUUACUUUGCUUUAUUAAUUUAUGAUCUUUUUUUUCUCCUUAGAUGACCAAUAUACCCUUUAACUACUUGUUUAACUUGCUGUUUCUGAAACAAAGAAGAAAACGUGCUCUGAAAAGUUAAAAAUAAAUUGAUCCAUUUUUGAGUGAA